UAUCAUUAUGGGGGAAGUUGAUCGUUGAAAUGAUAAUAGAUAGGGUAGAGGUAGAAACUAUCAAUUCUUUUUGGAAAUUGGAAUUAUUAAAAGAAGUCUAUGGACUGAUAUCGAUUCUACCCAUUUUGAUCCUCCUUUUGGGAAUAACAAUAGAGGUACUCGUAAUUGUGUGGUUAGAAAGAGAAAUAUCUGCGUCGAUACAACAACGUAUUGGUCCUGAAUAUGCUGGCCCCCUGGGCCUGCUUCAAGCUAUAGCAGAGGGGACUAAGCUACUUUUUAAAGAAGAUAUUCUGCCAUCCCGAGGAGAUAUUUCUUUAUUUAGCAUUGGACCCUCUAUAGCAGUCAUAUCAGUUUUAUUAAGUUUUUUAGUUAUCCCUUUGGGAUAUCAUUUUGUUUUAGCCGAUCUUAGUAUUGGUGUUUUUUUAUGGAUUGCCAUUUCAAGUAUAGCUCCUAUUGGUCUUCUUAUGGCAGGGUAUAGCUCAAAUAAUAAAUAUUCUUUUUCAGGCGGUCUACGAGCUGCUGCUCAAUCCAUUAGUUAUGAAAUACCAUUAACUUUUUGUGUGCUAGCAAUAUCUCUACUAUCUAACAGUUCAAGUACAGUUGAUAUAGUUGAAGCACAGUCAAAAUACGGUUUUUUUGGAUGGAAUAUUUGGCGUCAGCCUAUAGGUUUUUUGGUUUUUUUAAUUUCUUCUUUGGCAGAAUGUGAAAGAUUACCCUUUGAUUUACCAGAAGCGGAGGAAGAAUUAGUAGCAGGUUACCAAACUGAAUAUUCUGGUAUCAAAUAUGGUUUAUUUUAUCUUGUUUCUUACCUAAAUUUAUUAGUUUCUUCUUUAUUUGUAGCAGUUCUCUACUUGGGCGGGUGGAAUUUAUCUAUUCCCUAUAUAUCCUUUUUUGAUUUUUUCCAAAUGAAUAAAGCAGUUGGAAUUUUGGAAAUGACAAUGGGUAUAUUUAUUACAUUAACUAAAGCUUAUUUAUUUCUCUUCAUUUCUAUCACAAUAAGAUGGACUUUACCGAGGAUGAGAAUAGAUCAGUUAUUAAAUCUUGGAUGGAAAUUUCUUUUACCUAUUUCCCUGGGCAAUCUCUUAUUAACAACCUCUUCUCAACUUGUUUCACUAUAAAUAAGAUAAUACAAUAAUAGUAAGAAUAUUUUCAACACAAAAGCUCUCUCGAACAAGAGAAAGAAACAUAUCUUUUUCAUAGAUAUUUAGAAUGAAUAUGUUCCCUGUGGUAACUGGGUUCAUGAGUUAUGGUCAACAAACAAUACGUGCUACAAGGUACAUAGCUCAAAGUUUCAUAACUACCUUAUCCCACACAAAUCGUUUACCUAUAACGAUUCACUACCCUUAUGAAAAAUCAAUUACACCAGAGCGUUUCCGAGGGCGAAUCCACUUUGAAUUUGAUAAAUGUAUUGCUUGUGAAGUAUGUGUUCGCGUAUGUCCGAUAGAUCUACCUGUUGUGGAUUGGAGAUUUGAAAAGGAUAUUAAAAGAAAACAAUUGCUUAAUUAUGGUAUUGAUUUCGGAGUUUGUAUAUUUUGUGGCAAUUGUGUUGAGUACUGUCCAACAAGCUGUUUACCAAUGACUGAAGAAUAUGAACUUUCUACCUAUGAUCGUCAUGAAUUGAAUUACAAUCAAAUUGCUUUAAGUCGGUUACCAGUCUCCAUAAUGGGAGAUUACACAAUUCAAACAAUUAGGAAUUCGUCUGAAAGUAAAAUAAACAAAGAAAAAUCUUCGAAUUCAAGAACGAUUACUGAUUACUAAAUUUUGAUUUUGUCUUUUUGUUAUAAAAAUCUAACAAUUCUUUAUUAAACUAUAAAAUUACACUAUAAAGAAAAACGAAAAACUACUGCUUAUUGGAAAUUCUUUCUUAUUUUAAAUCAGACUAUAUUUUCGUGAUAUAAUAUAAUUUAUAACUAUACAGUUUAUACACAAAAAAAUACCCUAAUCCUUUUUUCCUUCCUUGAAUCCUUUAGUUUUAGUCAGUUCAUGAAAAAAUUUAUACUAUUAAUUUCUUUUUAUCCAUAAUGGAUUUACCUGGACCAAUACAUGAGAUUCUUAUGCUAUUUGGGGGAUUUGUUCUUCUACUAGGGGGUCUAGGAGUAGUAUUGCUUACCAACCCCAUUUAUUCUGCCUUUUCGCUGGGAUUAGUUCUUGUUUGUAUAUCCUUAUUCUACUUUUUAUUAAAUUCCUACUUUGUAGUUGUCGCACAACUUCUUAUUUUUGUGGGAGCCAUAAAUGUCUUGAUCAUAUUCGUUGUAAUGUUCGUAAAUGGCUCAGAAUGGUCUAAAGAUAAGAAUUAUUGGACUAUUGGAGAUGGGUUCACUUCACUCGUUUGUAUAACUAUUGUUUUUUCACUAAUGACUACUAUCCCAGAUACGUCGUGGUAUGGAAUUCUUUGGACUACAAGAUCAAACCAAAUAGUAGAACAGGGUCUCAUAAAUAAUGUUCAACAAAUUGGAAUUCAUUUAGCAACCGAUUUUUAUCUUCCGUUUGAACUCAUUUCCAUAAUUCUUCUAGUUUCUUUAAUAGGUGCAAUUACUAUGGCUCGGCAAUAAGAAAACUUAGAAAAAGUACAAAUUAUAAGAAUUGCAAAUCUAAAAUAAAUAACUAAA